AUGGAGCUACGGAUAAGGGGCUCGGUGGCGCGCGCCUCUCCGCCCGGUACGCUCCCGCUCUUACCGCCGCUGGUUUUUUCCCCUCACGCGCGGUUACAUCCACAUCCGCGGCGCCCGGUGACGGACGGACACGAGGCGACCGGCUCGCGCGGCUCCUCUGCGCCAUUGAGUGUGAAUAGUAAAACCAUGCGCUCUCUCGCGCGCUGUCUGUGUCUCGCGCUCCUGUGCGCUGCUCUCCUCCACGCCGCCUCCGAGUUCUCCUCCUCCUCCUCAUCUUCAUCCUCAUCUUCAUCCUCCUCCAACUCCAACUCCAAAUCAGACCUGGACUACGAGUUCGGAGAUUACCGGGGCAAAUGGUGCAUCGACGAUCACGGCUUCGUGUAUAACAUCGGCGAGGUUUAUUACCCCGGGCGCGCCACGUGCCCGUGCACCUGCACGGAGGACGGACCGGUGUGCGUGCGCCCCAAGUGCCCGCGCAUACACCCGCGGUGCACGCGCAUCAGGUACAAGGCGUGCUGUCCGGUGUGUGAGGCCAUCAGCAAGGUGUGUGUGUACAGAGGCAGAACAUACCGGCUGUUCGAGGAGUUCAGGUUGUCUAGGUGUGAGCGGUGUCGCUGCGAGCCCAGUGGUGAAGUGUACUGCAGCAUUUCGGACUGUCCGGCUUUGCACUGUGUAAACCCUACAUACGAACCCAAACACUGCUGCCCUGUGUGUAAGAGCGAAACUGGAGCACGGCCUGCUGGGAGAUUGGAGGGCCAAGGGGGCAGCGCUGAUAACAGCAUGAAAGGAACAGAUUGUGUGUGUGUGUGUGUGUCCAAACUGCUUUGCGGGAAACCGCAUCAUUCCGGCUGGAGAGAGAGUGGAGGUGGACGAAUCGACUGUCUGUUUCUGUACCUACAGAGACGGGACCUGGCAAACGCACCCACACGCCACAUGCGAACAGCGGCAGCGGCCAGACGAAGAAGUGUUCAAGCAGAUGGAGGAGCAUGAGAUGGAGAGAGAGAGGCAGAGAGAGCGAGAGCGCUUGCCCAGGUUGGAUGCUAUCCCAUGAUGGCUUGAGCAUCCACGGCCUGGAGAAACACAACCUGCGCUGUACUGAGUGCCAACGCCGACCUCGUCCACACCCCUCCAGACCCCAAGACAUCCGGUUGCAAGCAUUACUUUACUGACUGCAUCCUGGGAUACGUCUUAUAUUCACACUCCAGGGACAUAUGGUGUGACAUGCUAAAACAUGUUUUAAUUAUACCUUGAGUAUUUUAUUAAAAACAAAUAUGCGAUAACAGUCAGAUGAACGCCACAGUCACUGAUCGGACCCGUAUGAAACAUCUCAGAGGUUCUUAUACUCUUCACUCGCUAGUUAGAUAGGUCUGUCAGAAGUGGCCACACAAAUGAUGGCAUGGGGAAAUGAUUAGCCACGCCCACUUUAUGUUAAAGGUUAACAGUUAUAGUGACGAGCAUGUGAAAACUGGAAAGUUUUGUUUUGCGUAAAAGAAAAAACUUGAUUGGUGUACUUUACAAAGAGCCACUUACAUUUUCAUGACUUGUAAAUUCAUUUCUUUAAAAGUAUAAAUAAAACAGCACUUUAUUACUUAA